UCUAGGGUUAGGGUAUUCAUCCCAUCUCUCUCAAUCUCGCCGUCUCGAUUCGUUGUUCGCCGCCGUUCAUUGACUAGAGUAGUAAACCUUGGAGAGAUCAUUAACGAAAGGCACAAAACAAGAUGCAGAUCUUCGUGAAAACCCUUACUGGGAAGACGAUUACGUUGGAAGUUGAGUCCAGCGACACCAUCGACAAUGUCAAAGCUAAAAUCCAGGACAAGGAAGGCUCCGUGGUGGUAUUAUUGAGCCAUCUCUAAUGGCAUUGGCUAGGAAGUACAAUCAAGACAAGAUGAUCUGCCGCAAGUGCUAUGCCCGCUUGCACCCACGUGCUGUCAACUGCAGGAAAAAGAAGUGUGGACAUAGCAACCAGUUGAGGCCAAAGAAGAAGAUCAAGUAGACGGUUGAUUUUGAGAGAGGAAAACUAUGCAGAAGUUUUAUGUUUUUUACUUUCUUGGGCACUUGUGCUUACAACUAUUUGCUUUAUACUCUUUAGGAGUUUGAAUUGUUACGAUUUUGCUUUAACAUUCUCAAGUAAUGGCAUAUUUUGUUCUUGACUUUUGAGUACUAAAUCUUCAGACUGUCUUAUUUUCCCA